AUGGCAGCUAGGUAUGAUCUCAUCAAGUGUAUCAAUGCUGGUCCAGCGCAUAAGGUGUGGAAGCUCAAAGUACGUGUCAUUAGGCUUUGGACCGUUUCUCAAUUUGCAAAAUCUGGGAUGAAGGCACCUAUUGAGAUGGUUAUCCUUGAUAAAGAGGGAGAUACAAUUCAAUGCACUGUAAAAGACAUAUUUGUUCCUAUCUUCGAGGGCUUACUCGCUGAGGGCAACGUGUACGUGGUCACUAAUUUUGGAGUUGCUUUGAAUACCAUCAAGUUCAAGCCUACUAGACACGAAUUUAGAAUCCACUUCAAGAGGGACACGAUUGUGCGUCCGGUACAAGAUUCUUCGUUUCCAUUGAACGGAUUCAAUUUUGUUCCGUUCAAAACAAUUCAAUCAGAGUCUAGAGAAUAUGGUUAUUUAGUUGAUGUGAUUGGUCAGCUUGCCUCAAAGGGUAACUUGGUCGAAUUCACUCAGGACGGAAAGCCGUCAAGUUAUAUCACCAUAGAACUUGAUGAUCUUGAGGGUGGACAGAAAUUAAGGGUAACAUUGUGGCAGUCUUUUGCUUUUGAUUUGCUCAAAUAUAUGAAGGAACACCCGUGUCUUACCUAUGUGGUUAUUCUCCAAAUGGGGGUCAUGGGUGUUUCCAACACAAACUACAAUUCGAAACUGUUUAUCAAUGUUAAGUUUUCAGCUGCCAGGGAUUUCUUUGCGAGGGUGAACAAAUUGGAUCCUGUUGAUGGACAAGGCAUAAUGCAGCUGGUCUGUGAUCAACCUGUUUCAGUUGAGGAAGAUUUUUUGCGUCUGUCAGUCUACAAAACAAUUGCCGAGAUAAAGGAGCAUAAUCAGGAUGCUGUAUUUGUUACAGCCGGGAUGAUUAAAGAAGUUGAGACCGAGUUUGGUUGGUGGUACAAAAGAUGUAAGAAGUGUCGUCGUGGCUUAAGGAAACUUGAGAAAAGAUAUUUCUGUCCCAAUUGCAUUAGAGACUACGGGUUCUAUGAGCCAAGGUACAGCAUCCACAUAAGGGUGAUAGACCACACCGAUGCUGCCUCUUUUGUUUUGUUCGAUGGAGAAGCUGCAAAGUUUUUUGGAGUUUCUACUAAUGACCUUAGGCAGUCUUGUGUGACUAAGGGUGUUGAGAAAAAUUCCUGUCCCGAAGAGAUUAAUAAGUUUAGGGAUAUUAAGUUCAUCUUCAAAGUGCAACUCAAGAUGAGGAAUCUGAACUCUUAUGAACCAUAUGUGAUUCAUGUGCUGAGAAUGACUAAUGAAAAUUCUCUGGUCUCUGCUUUCCUGGAUAAAUACAAUCCUGACCCUGGCCUUUUGUCCCAUGAAAAUUCUGAACUAUUGAGUUUGUCUACUGGUCCAUACGACACUUCUAAGGCUUGUGAGAGUGAGCUAACUCCAUCACCUGCAGUUGAUGAGAAACAUAAUUCUAAAAUUCUCGGAGCUAAGAAACAUAUUGAAGAGGUUGGAGAGGAGUCAGUUUCAUCCAAAUCCAAGAAAGGGAAGUGGGUUGUGAUGGAGGACUAA